GUAAGGUUAGUGUGAAAUAACAUAGGCUUAAAGGAUGCUAGCGUAUGUGAAAUAGUGAGAAAAUGUUUCGAUUUUAUUUGGUUUGUUUUUUGUCCAUCACAGUGUCGUUAUGUCAGGACGGCUCCUGCCCUCCGACGUUGUCGGUCGACGUAUGCGACGCGGAAUGUGGUCCACAAAGGCCAUGUAGCAGUUCUCAACUGUGUUGCCCAACAACGUGUGGUGGUUCUUUAUGUGUCGAUCCCAUGACCAGAAGACAUUUCGUCAACUAUAUUAAGCAGGGCAGUUGCCCCAAGGAUCCCAAGGGUCCCUGGCUGUGCACUCACACUUGUACCACGGAUUCGGAUUGCUUGAGAGCGCUGAAGUGCUGUCCCAACAGAUGUGGUGUAUUUACCUGCCAGAUGCCGAGAUUUCAAGACGCUGAUAAAACAGCUUGAGACAAAAUUAGCUUUGUAUAAAACUAGUAUUUAAAUUUUUAUUGCGUUUUUAAACAUGUGGUGCGGCGGUGUUGCGAGUCCAAUCAAACGUGUCCUUACUUUAGAAAAUACGUUUAUCAACUCCUCGUUUGCCUAAUAUAUUGCCUGUGGUAUAUAUAUAUAAUGUAUAACUGUAUGUACAGCUUCACAUUGUACCAUUACAGUUUAUUAAUUUAUUUAUUUUCAUAUUCCGGACGUUUCAAUUACUUCACAGCAAUCACGGAGAGCCUGGCGUAUCCAACGUAUUUAUACUUAAAAUUAUUAAUUUUUGGUCUGAUCCGAAAGUGGCCUUGAACCGAUCAGUCUUUCUGUAACUAUGAGUGCUGCAAAGUACUACAGAAGAGCUAAGAAUAUAAAAUAAAAAUAAGUUGUUAAACGUGACAAUUUCCGCACAAAUCUUGUUUCUUUUUUUUUUCUUAAAAAUAACGUUACCCCCACACUAGGAUUUUAUCCUGUAUCGUGGAGGCAGUUUACAAACAUAGAGUGCACAAGGACAAACAUCCAGACCCGGAACAAUUAUUUGUAGGCCAUACAAAUACUUGUUCCGUGCGGGAUUCGAACCCGCGCCCCGCAGCGCAGCAACUAAUUGCUAAGCCACUGCGCCACGUAGCCGCCGUUUCGUUAAUGUGUAGUGAUAGCGUAAAUAUUAAAAACUAGCGAUCCGUCCCGACUUCGUACGGGCGCUUUCUGGAUCUUGACAACAGCGCCACCUACCAGGUCCAAUUGUGAAUCUAAACUAUUCAGAGACCCACUCAAACGCACACAAAAAAAUUCAUCAAAAUCGAGCCGUUUUCGAGUUUUAGCGAUACUAACUGACAGCAAUCGAUGUUUACAUAUAGAGAUAGGUACUUAGCAAUUACAGUAGUUUGACACUAGCUUUGUAUCUAAAAUUAUUUUUAUAUAAUUUUUGUAUAAAAUAAUUUUAUGUAAGAUAGUGGCAGCUUCGUACCGGUAGGCGAAGUGUAGGGCGACCCCCCACGAGAUGGAGUGACGACCUGGUAAGACAUGCAGGAAGUCGAUGGAUGCAGGUGGCUCAGGACCGUGCUUUGUGGCAUUCCUUGGGGGAGGCCUAUGUUCAGCAGUGGACUUAUGAAAGGCUGUAAUGAUGAAAUGAUGAUGUAAGAUAUUAUUUUACUUCAGAUACCAAACCUUUUAUACAAUUUGAUUACAUUACCGAUUGCCGAUUAUAGUAUUGUGCGGUGAAGUUCAAAUUAAGCAUUGCGCUGUUUGGAAAAAAUAAUUUAGACAGCGCACGAAUUUCUAAUUAAUAUUUAUAGCUAUUGAGAUAAUGAUCCAUUAUUCAUCGCCACUUAAUGCUAAGUGGUCACCCCAGAGCAGCGACACAAACUUCAGGAAUUCAAUUGCGUAACAUUUAAAAAAGUUAAACAGAAAAAUUUAAAUUGUAAGAGCUUCUAUCCGGUGGCUCAUUAUAAAUUAGACUUUUAUAAUGUUAAAAGAAUCAAAAUAAAUUUUGAUUAAAACUUAAAUCAUAUAAUAUUGCAGUAAAAAAUGUAUUUGGUUAGGAGAUGAUAUUGUCAUUACUUUUCAAGAUAUGCGAUAUGGAAAAGUACACUGCCGUAUGAACGUAAACCCCUCUUCUCCAACGCCUCAACUCUAUCAGGAUAGUUGCGCUGAUGCGGCGGUAGUGGGACCGCGAGAGAGAGAGCAAUGUUGGUACUUCUAACGGCGCGACCGGAUUCGCUGCUGGGGUCGGGAUGACAGGUGUUUUCUAGUGCUCGUUUUUCUUGGCUCUGUGUCUAUGCGACAAGCUUUUAUAUCAUAUAAAUUGUGUUAUUUAAUAAAUUGGUGGAUUUGAUUU